AUGAGUCUAGCACUUAAUGAUCUGCUUAUUUGCUGCCGCCAACUAGAACAUGAUAAAGCUACAGAACGAAGGAAAGAAGUUGAGAAAUUUAAGCGUUUGAUUCGGGAUCCGGAAACAGUUCAACAUUUAGAUCGACAUUCAGAUGCCAAGCAAGGAAAAUAUUUGAACUGGGAUGCUGUUUUCAGAUUUCUCCAGAAAUAUAUUCAGAAAGAAACAGAAUGUCUGAAAGCAGCAAAACCAAAUGUGUCGGCUUCAACACAAUCCUCCAGGCAGAAAAAGAUGCAAGAAAUCAGUAGCUUGGUGAAAUACUUUAUCAAAUGUGCAAAUAAAAGAGCACCCAGGCUAAAAUGUCAAGAACUCUUGAAUUAUGUCAUGGAUACAGUGAGAGAUUCAUCUAAUGGUGCCAUUUAUGGAGCUGAUUGUAGCAACAUACUGCUCAAAGACAUUCUGUCAGUGAGAAAAUACUGGUGUGAAAUAUCUCAGCAACAGUGGCUAGAAUUGUUGUCUGUGUACUUCAGACUGUAUCUGAGACCUUCACAAGACAUUAAUAGAGUGUUAGUGGCCAGAAUAAUUUAUGCUGUAACCAAAGGAUUCUGCUCACAAACUGAUGGAUUAAAUUCUCAAUGUUUAGAUUUUUUCCCAAAGGCUAUUCAGUGUGCAAGACAAGAAAAGAGCUCAGCAGGUCUAAAUCAUAUCUUAGCAGCACUUACUAUCUUCCUGAGGAUUUUGUCUGUCAACUUCCGGAUUCGAGUGUGUCAGUUAGGAGAUGAAAUUCUUCCUACUUUGCUUUAUAUUUGGACUCAACAUAGACUCAAUGAUCCCUUAAAAGAAGUAAUUAUUGAAUUAUUUCAACUACAGAUUUAUAUCCAUCAUCCAAAGGGGGCCAAAACCCAAGAAAAAGGUGCUUAUGAAUCAACAAAAUGGCAAAGUAUCUUAUACAAUUUAUAUGAUCUGCUAGUGAAUGAGAUAAGUCAUAUAGGAAGUAGAGGAAAAUACUCUUCAGGAUCACGCAAUAUUGCGGUUAAGGAGAACUUGAUUGAGUUGAUGGCGGAUAUUUGUCACCAGCUUUUUAAUGAAAGUACCAGAUCUUUGGAGAUUUCUCAGUCUUACGCUAUCACACAAAGAGACUUCAGCAAUGGCAGUGUACCUUGCAAAAAGAGGAAAAUAGAAUUAGGCUGGGAAAUAAUUAAAGAUCAUCUUCAAAAAUCACAGGAUGAUUUUGAUCUGGUGCCUUGGUUACAGAUUACAACUCAGUUAAUAUCUAAGUAUCCUACAAGUUUACCCAAUUGUGAGCUAUCUCCAUUACUGAUAAUACUGUCCCAGCUUCUACCUCAGCAGCGACGUGGUGAACGCACACCAUAUGUGUUACGGUGCCUUAUGGAAGUAGCAUUGUGUCAAGGCAAGAAGUCAAACCUAGAAAGCUCACAAAAGGCAGAUUUAUGGAAACUUUGGAUUAAAAUUUGGUCUAUUACCUUUCGUGGUAUAAGUUCUGAACAAAUACAGGCUGAAAACUUUGGCUUAUUGGCAGCCAUGAUUCAAGGCAAUUUAGUUGAGAUUGAUAGAGAAUUCUGGAAGUUAUUUACUGGGUCAGCCUGUAGACCUUCAUGUCCUGUGGUAUGCUGUUUGACAGUGGCAGUGACCAUGUGUGUGCUUCCAGAAGCAGCAACAACAGAAAUAGAGCAGAAUAUAUGUGAAAUGAACAGAAGUUUUUCUUUAAGGGAAUUAAUCAUGAAAUGGCUCUUAUUCUGCCAGUUAGAGGAUGAAUUUGAAGAUAGUGCAGAGCUUGCUCCAAUUCUUCACAGUAAGUUUCCUCAUCUGUCCGUGGAGAAAAUUCUUGUGAGUCUAACUAUGAAAAACUGUAAAGCUGCAAUGAAUUUUUUCCAGAGUGUGCGAGAAUGUGAGCAAUACCAUAAAGGUAAAGAAGAACCUUCAUUCUCAGAAGUGGAAGAACUGUUUCUUCAGACAACAUUUGACAAGAUGGACUUUUUAACCAGUGUAAAAGAAUGUUCUGCAGAAAAGUACCAGCCCUGUACUGGGUUUUCUGUCCACCCAAAUCUCAAGGAAUCACUGGAUCGCUACCUUCUGGCAUUAUCAGAACAACUUCUUAAUAGUUACUCACCUGAGACUACAAAUUCAGAAAUUCUUGUCCGGUGUUCGAGUCUCUUGGUAGGUGUUCUUGGCUGCUAUUGUUACAUGGGCGUGAUAGCCGAAGAGGAAGCAUUUAAAUCAGAAUUAUUCCAAAAAGCCAAGUCCCUGAUGCAAUGUGCAGGAGAAAGUAUCACACUGUUUAAAAAUAAGACCAAUGAGGAAUCUCGAAUUGCUUCAGUGAGAAAUAUAAUGCUUCUAUGUACAAGUUGCUUGUGCAAUUGUACUGUGAGCAGUCCAAAUAAGAUGGCAUCUGGCCUUUUUCUACGAUUGUUAACAUCAAAGCUAAUGAAUGACAUUGCGGAUAUUUGUAGAAGUUUAGCAUCAUUUAUCAAAAAGCCGUUUGAUUAUGGAGAAAUAGAAUGCAUGGAAGAUGACACUGAGGAAAAUCUAAUGGAGGUGGAGGAUCAGUCAUCCGUGACUCUAUUUGAAUCUGCUUAUAGUGUUAAUAAUGAUGCAAAUGACUCUGGUGAAAGCCAGACUACUUUUGGUGCCAUGAACCCUUUAGCAGAAGAGUAUCUUUCAAAGCAAGAUCUCCUUUUUUUAGACAUGCUCAGGUUCUUAUGUAUGUGUGUAACUACUGCCCAGACCAAUACAGUGUCUUUUAGAGCAGCUGAUAUUCGAAGGAAACUGUUAAUGUUGAUUGAUUCUAGCAUACUGGACCUUAAUAAAUCCCUUCAUCUACACAUGUAUCUAGUGCUCUUAAAGGAGCUUCCAGGAGAGAACUGUCCCUUGCCAAUGGAAGAUGUUGUUGAACUUCUGAAACCUUUAUCCAAUGUGUGUUCUUUGUAUCGCCGUGAUCAAGAUGUCUGUAAAGCCAUUUUGAACCAAGCCCUUCGUAUAGUGACAAACCUAGGUCAGGACAGCGCGGACAGUGAGAGCUUGAGGGAUGCACAAGGACAGUUUCUGACUGUGAUUGGAGCAUUUUGGCACUUAACAAAAGAGGGGAAAUGCACAUCUUCUGUAAGAAUGGCUUUAGUAAAAUGCCUUAAGACACUGCUUGAGGCUGAUCCUUACUCAAAAUGGGCUCUUCUCAGUGUAAAGGGACAAGACUUUUCUGUAAAUGAAGUAUUUCCACAGUUUCUUGCUGAUAAUCAUCACCAAGUUCGAAUGUUUGCUGCGGAGUCCGUCAACAGGUUAUUCCAGGAUAUGAAACAAGGAACUUCUCCCAGGUUAUUGAAAGCACUUCCUUUGAAGUUUCAACAAACGGCUUUUGAAAAUGCUUACAUGAAAGUUCUAGAAGGAAUGAGAGAAGUGUCCCUUGGUGCUGAGAACCCUGAUCUUCUGGAUGAACUUUAUAAUAGGAAAGCUGUUUUACUCAUGAUGAUAGCUGUGGUUUUACACUGCAGCCCAGUCUGUGAAAAACAGGCUUUAUUUGCUUUAUGCAAAUCUGUCAAAGAGCAUGGAUUAGAAUCUCACCUCAUUAAAAAGGUUUUAGAAAAAGUGUCUGAAAGUUUUGGAUACAGACACCUGGAGGAUUUCAUGACUUCUCAUUUAGAUUACCUUGUGUUGGAGUGGCUCCAUCAUCAAGAUACCGAAGACAGCUUAUCUUCCUUUCCUUUUGUUUUAUUAAACUACAAAAAUGUUGAUGAUUUCUACAGAUCUUGUUACAAAGUUUUGAUCCCACAAUUGGUGAUUAGAAGUCGUUUUGAUGAGGUGAAAUCCAUUGCCAAUCAGAUACAGAAGGAUUGGAAAAGUCUUUUAACAGACUGUUUUCCAAAGAUUCUUGUAAAUAUUCUUCCUUAUUUUGCCUAUGAAGAUAAAGGAGACGGUGGGAUGCCACAGCAAAGAGAGACAGCUGCCAAAGUCUAUGAUGUACUCAAAGAUGAAAAUGUAUUAGGCAAACAGAUUGAUAAUUUAUUCAUUAGUCAUUUACCGGAGAUUGUGGUGGAAUUAUUGAUGACAUUACAUGAACCAGCAAAUUCUGGUGCCAACCAAAGCAGUGACCUAUCUGAUUUUUCAGGGGAUUUGGAUCCUGCACCUAAUCCACCUUACUUCCCAUCUCAUGUGAUUAAAGCAACAUUUGCCUAUAUCAGCAAUUGCCAUAAAACCAAAUUUAAAAACAUCUUAGAAAUUCUUUCCAAAAAUCCUGAUUCCUACCAGAAAAUUCUUCUAGCUAUAUGUGAGCAAGCAGCUGAAACAAAUAAUGUCUAUAAAAAGAAUAGAAUUCUGAAAAUAUAUCACUUAUUCGUUAGCUUACUACUGAAGGAUAUAAAAAGUGGCUUAGGAGGAGCUUGGGCCUUUGUUCUUCGAGAUGUGAUUUAUACUUUGAUUCACUAUAUCAACAAAAGGCCACCCUGUUUAAUGGAUGUGUCAUUACGUAGCUUUUCCCUUUGUUGUGACCUGUUAGGUCGGGUCUGUCAGACUGCAGUGACCUACUGUAAGGAUGCUUUAGAAAGCCAUCUGCACGUAAUUGUUGGUACCCUAAUACCCCUUGUGGAUGACCAGUUGGAGGUUCAGGAACAGGUACUGAGCUUGUUAAAAUACCUGGUGAUAGAUAACAAGGAUAAUGAAAACCUCUAUCUCACAAUUAAACUUUUAGAUCCUUUUCCUGACUGUGUUGUUUUUAAAGAUUUACGUGUUACUCAGCAGAAAAUCAAAUAUAGUAGAGGACCUUUUUCACUCUUGGAGGAAAUUAACCAUUUUCUCUCAGUUAGUGUUUAUGAUGCACUUCCACAGACAAGGCUAGAAGGACUGAAAGAUCUUCGAAGACAACUGGAGCAACAUAAAGAUCAGAUGAAGGAAAUUAUGAGAGCUUCAUAUGAAAAUCCGCAAGAUGGCAUUAUGGUGCAGCUGGUCGUGAGCUUGCUGCAGCUGUCGAAGAAGGCCAUAAACCGCACCGGUGAGAGGGAAGUCUUAGAGGCUGUUGGAAGCUGCCUGGGAGAAUUGGGCCCUAUCGAUUUCUCAACAAUAGCUAUGCAACAUGGUAAAGAUGCAUCUUAUAACAAAGCCCUUGAGUUAUUUGAAGAUAAAGAGCUUCAGUGGACUUUUACAAUGCUGACCCACUUGAAUAAUAGUCUGGUGGAAGAUUGUGUCAAAGUUCGAUCUGCUGCUGCCACCUGUUUGAAAAGCAUUUUAGCCACAAAGACUGGGCAUAGUUUCUGGGAAAUUUAUAAGAUGACUACUGACCCUAUGCUCACCUAUCUACGGACUUUUAGAACAUCGAGGAAAAAGUUUUUGGAAGUACCCAGACUUGACAAAGAAAAUCCUUUAGAAGACCUGGAUGAUACGAGUUUGUGGAUUCCUCAAAGUGAAAAUCAUGAUGUUUGGAUAAAAACACUGACUUGUGCAUUUUUGGAUAGCGGAGGCAUUAAAAGUGAAGUUCUUCAGUUAUUAAAACCAAUGUGUGAAGUAAAAACUGACUUUUGUCAGACAGUGCUUCCGUACUUGAUUCAUGAUAUUUUGCUGCAAGAUACUAAUGAGUUGUGGAGAAAUCGGCUUUCUACUCAUAUUCAGGGAUUUUUCACUAACUGCUUCCGGCAUACCACUCAGACUAGCCGGUCCACAACCCCUGCGACUUUGGAUUCAGAUUCAGAACACUCUUUCCGAGGCUGUUCGGAUAAAAAAUCACAAAGAACAAUGCUGGCUGUUGUGGACUACAUGAGAAGACAAAAGAGACCUUCCUCCAAAACAGUUUUUGAUGAUGCUUUCUGGCUGGAUUUAAAUUACCUGGAAGUUGCCAAAGUAGCUCAGUCAUGUGCUGCUCAUUUUACUGCAUUGCUCUAUGCAGAAAUUUAUGCAGAUCAGAAAAACAUGGAUGAUCAAGAGAAAAGGACUCCUGCGUUUGAAGAAGAAAGCCAGGGUACAGCUAUUUCUAGUUUAAGUGAAAAAAGUAAAGAAGAAACUGGAAUAAGUUUGCAGGAUCUUCUCCUAGAAAUCUAUAGAAGUAUAGGGGAGCCCGACAGCCUGUAUGGCUGUGGUGGAGGCAAAAUGCUACAACCCCUUACCAGAAUACGAACAUAUGAACAUGAAGCAAUGUGGAGUAAAGCCCUCGUGACGUAUGACCUAGAGGCAGCUAUCACCUCAUCCACCCGCCAGGCAGGAAUUAUUCAGGCCUUGCAGAAUUUGGGACUCUGCCAUGUUCUUUCCACCUAUCUAAAAGGAUUAGAUCAUGAAAAUAAAGAGUGGUGUGCUGAGCUACAGGAACUCCAUUACCAAGCAGCAUGGAGGAAUAUGCAGUGGGACCAGUGCAAUUAUGUCAACAAAGGUAUGGAUGGAAUCAGCUACCAUGAGUCACUGUACAAUGCUCUGCAGUCUCUAAGAGACAGAGAGUUUUCUGCGUUUUAUGAAAGUCUCAGAUACGCCAGAGUGAAAGAAGUGGAGGAAUUGUGUAAGGGCAGCCUGGAGUCUGUGUACUCACUCUAUCCUACACUUGGCAGAUUGCAGGCCAUUGGAGAGCUGGAAAACAUUGGGGAGCUUUUCUCAAGGUCAAUCACAGAUAAGCAACUCUCUGAAGUAUACAGUAAGUGGUGGAAACACUCCCAGCUUCUCAAGGACAGUGAUUUUAGUUUUCAGGAGCCUAUCAUGGCUUUGCGCACAGUCAUCUUGGAGAUCCUGUUGGAAAAGGAAAUGGAAAACUCACAAAGAGAAUGUUUCAAAGACAUUCUCACCAAGCACCUUAUAGAACUCUCUGUCUUGGCUCGAACAUUCAGGAACACACAGCUCCCUGAACGGGCAAUAUUUCACAUUAAACAGUAUAAUUCAGCUAGUCAUGGUGUCUCAGAAUGGCAGCUGGAGGAAGCACAGGUCUUCUGGGCAAAAAAGGAGCAGAGUCUUGCCCUGAAUAUUCUCAAGCAAAUGAUCAAGAAGUUGGAUGCCAGUUGCACAGAGAAUGAACCCAACCAAAACCUGCUGUACACAGAAUGUUUGAGAGUUUGUGGCAACUGGUUAGCAGAAACUUGCUUAGAAAAUCCUGCAGUCAUCAUGCAGACCUAUCUAGAAAAGGCAGUGGAAGUAGCUGGAACUUAUGAUGGAGGAAACAAUGAUGAGCUUAGAAAUGGGAAAAUGAAAGCAUUCCUCUCCUUAGCACGGUUCUCAGAUACCCAGUACCAGAGAAUUGAGAACUAUAUGAAGUCGUCAGAAUUUGAAAACAAGCAAGCGCUUCUGAAAAGGGCUAAAGAAGAAGUGGGCCUCCUCAGGGAACAUAAAAUUCAGACCAACAGAUACACAGUAAAGGUUCAGAGGGAGCUGGAGCUGGAUGAAUGUGCACUCCGUGCAUUGAAAGAGGAUCGCAAGCGCUUCUUGUGUAAAGCAGUCGAAAAUUACAUCAACUGCUUAUUAAGUGGAGAAGAGCAUGAUAUGUGGGUAUUCCGGCUUUGUUCCCUCUGGCUUGAAAACGCCGGUGUUUCUGAAGUCAAUGGCAUGAUGAAGAAAGUUGGAAUGAAGAUCCCAUCUUAUAAAUUUUUGCCUCUUAUGUACCAGUUGGCUGCUAGAAUGGGAACCAAGAUGAUGGGAGGUGGCCUGGGAUUUCAUGAAGUCCUCAAUAAUCUCAUCUCUAGGACUUCAAUGGAUCACCCACAUCAUACUUUAUUUAUUAUACUGGCUUUGGCAAAUGCAAAUAAAGAUGAAUUUCUGAUCAAACCAGAAGAAGCAAGAAGGGGUAGAAUAACCAAAAAUUCACCCAAACAGAGCUCUCAGCUUGAUGAGGAUCGAACUGAAGCGGCAAACAAAAUAAUACGCACUAUCAAAAGUAGGAGACCUCAGAUGGUUAGAAAUGUUGAGGCACUUUGUGAUGCUUACAUUCUGUUGGCAAACAUGGAUGCCUCUCAGUGGAAGACUCAGAGAAAAGGUAUAAAUAUUCCAACAGAUCAGCCAAUUACUAAACUUAAGAAUUUAGAAGAUGUUGUUGUCCCCACCAUGGAAAUUAAGGUGGACCCCACAGGAGAAUAUGGGAAUCUAGUGACCAUACAGUCAUUUAAAGCAGAAUUUCGUUUAGCCGGAGGUUUAAAUUUACCAAAAAUAAUAGAUUGUGUGGGCUCUGAUGGCAAGGAAAGGAGGCAGCUUGUCAAGGGCCGAGAUGACCUGAGACAAGAUGCUGUCAUGCAGCAGGUUUUCCAGAUGUGUAACACAUUACUGCAGAGAAACACGGAAACCAGAAAGAGGAAAUUGACUAUCUGCACCUAUAAGGUGGUUCCCCUGUCUCAGCGAAGUGGUGUUCUUGAGUGGUGCACAGGAACGGUCCCUAUUGGUGAAUUUCUUGUUAACCAUGAAGUUGGUGCUCACAGAAGAUACAGGCCAAAGGAUUUCAAUGCCAACCAGUGCUUAAAGAAAAUGAUGGAUGUACAAAAGAAGUCUUUUGAAGAGAAAUACAAUACCUUCAUGGAUGUGUGCCAGAAUUUCCAGCCAGUUUUCCGUUAUUUCUGCAUGGAAAAAUUCUUGGACCCAGCUGUUUGGUUUGAGAAACGAUUGGCUUAUACUCGCAGUGUGGCCACAUCUUCUAUUGUUGGUUAUAUACUUGGACUUGGUGAUAGACAUGUACAAAAUAUCUUGAUAAAUGAAGAGUCAGCCAAACUUGUACAUAUAGAUUUGGGAGUUGCUUUUGAACAGGGUAAAAUUCUUCCUACUCCGGAAACCGUUCCAUUUAGACUGACCAGGGAUAUUGUGGACGGGAUGGGCAUCACUGGUGUUGAGGGUGUCUUCAGAAGAUGCUGUGAGAAAACCAUGGAGGUCAUGAGAAACUCUCAGGAAACACUGUUAACCAUUGUUGAGGUCCUCCUAUAUGAUCCUCUCUUUGACUGGACUAUGAAUCCUUUGAAAGCUUUGUACUUACAGCAGAGGCCAGAAGAUGAAACUGAACUCAACUCCUCUCUGAAUGCAGAUGAUCAAGAAUGCAAACGAAACCUCAGUGAUAUUGACCAGAGUUUCAACAAAGUAGCUGAACGUGUCUUGAUGAGACUACAAGAGAAGCUGAAGGGAGUGGAGGAAGGCACCGUGCUGAGUGUGGGUGGCCAGGUGAACCUGCUCAUACAACAGGCCAUGGACCCGAAAAACCUCAGCCGACUUUUCCCGGGUUGGAAAGCCUGGGUGUGA